AUGGAGGUUCACGGGAUUGUGAAAGCCUUUCCCAAAGUGAAGAGGCGCCCAGCCAGCGAGGGAAAGGACGCACCCCAGCCCAAAAGGAAGGCUGAAGAAACAGUGACGGGCAGCACGUUUCGGGGCGUGUCUGUGCACAUACUCCCAGCUGGCAUAGGCAAAGCCAGAUGUGACAUAUUUCACAGACAAAUCACUCAGAACGGAGGACAAGUGGAGAUAGCCUAUUCUGACCGUGUCACUCACGUAGUUGUUGACGAUGCCAAGGACUACGCGCGUGCUUUGAGGCUCUUAAAAGUAGACAGCCUGCCCCCUACAGUACAGUUGGUGAAAUGUUCUUGGCUGAGUGCAUGUAUUGCUGAGAAAAGGCUACUGGACGUCAAAGACUAUAGCCUCAUUCCCCCGAAAAGGUAUCUCACAUCACCGCAGGACAACCCAUCAGAGACGGUAAGCGGGAAAUGGCCUGCUUCUGCAAGAUUCAUCCUUUUACCGUUCAACACUAAAACGACCCCACCCCCCCCACCGACUCAUGUUGUUUUCACUUAGGCGCCAGGCAGUAAAGACGAACAUGUAGAGGAAGAUGGCGUCUCUCAGAAUGAUCUAGAUGCUCUGAUUAAUGGUCAUCAACCAAACGUGGAGACCCGAGAGGAGAACGCAGCAGAACCAACUGCUUUGCUUGGAAAGUGGGUCUGUGCCCAGUCUUCCACGAGCAAAGGAAACAACCACAACAAACACAUCACGGACAAACUAGAGGUGCUGGCCAAGGCCUACACACACCAGGGAGACAAGUGGAGGGCUCUGAGCUACUCCAAAGCCGUCAAUGCCCUUAAAAGCUACCACAAGCCUGUCACUUCAUGUGAGGAGGCGUGUAAGAUCCAGGGUAUAGGACGGCGUAUGGCGGAUAAGAUUGUGGAGAUCAUGGAGAGUGGACACCUACGCAAACUCGACUACAUCAGUGAGGCCGUCCCCGUGCUGGAACUUUUCACGAAUAUAUGGGGAGCGGGUGCAAAGACGGCACAGUUGUGGUACCAACAGGGUUUUCGCACUUUGGAAGACAUCCGCACAAAAGCAAACCUGAGCUCUAUUCAGCAAAUAGGACUCAAGCACUACGACGACUUCCUCGAUCGGAUGCCCAGAGAGGAAGCAGCUGCUAUCGAAAAAACGGUGCGGGAGGCCGCGCACUCAGUGGGCCCAGGGUUGUUGGCCACGGCCUGCGGUUCCUAUCGCAGGGGCAAGCCUACGUGUGGGGAUGUGGACGUCCUUAUUUCUCACCCAGAUGGCAAAUCGCAUAAGGGUGUUUUUAGCAAAGUGUUACAUCUACUCCACCAGAGCGGCUUUCUGACGGACGACUUGGUGAGUCACGAGGAGAACGGCGAGCAGAAAAAGUACAUGGGCGUUUGUCGGCUGCCGGGUCCCGGACAGCGGCACCGAAGGCUGGAUAUCAUCGUCGUCCCGUACGACGAGCUGGCCUGCGCUCUCCUAUACUUCACCGGCUCGGCCCACUUCAACCGCUCCAUGAGAGCCUUGGCCAAGACCAAAGGCAUGAGCCUCUCCGAGCACUCCCUCAAUCGGGGCGUGUUGCGACAGCGCGGCGUGAAGGUGGCGGCUGGCACCCCUCUGCCCACGCACAAGGAGAGGGACGUCUUCACACAUCUGGGCAUACCGUACAGAGAGCCUCAUGAGAGAGACUGGUAAUGGGCUGGUUUGGC